AAUAGCAAAGAUAGGAAUUCACAUGUUGAGUUCCCAGCCAUGUACCGCAGCGUCCGCUCGCUAUAAAAGAACAACUAAACGUUAUGUUGGCACGUCGCCGCCGCCGCCAUGAUCGCUAGGCUCACUUUCCUGCUUGUCUGUGUUGCCGUCGCCAAUGGUAACCCCGCGGCGGGCAGACCGUGGCACUGGAGGUCCCCCAAGCCCCUUGUGACGCCCUUCGGCCCCGUGAAGUCCUCUCGCAUCGUGGGGGGCAAGGAGGCGACACCCCACGCUUGGCCUCACCAAGUCGCUCUCUUCAUUGACGACAUGUACUUCUGCGGCGGUUCCCUCAUCUCUGACGAGUGGGUGCUGACCGCCGCUCACUGCAUGGACGGCGCAACCUUCGCAGAGGUGGUCCUGGGGGCGCACAACAUUCGGAUAUUUGAAUCAUCUCAAGUCACUUUGGUUAGCAAAGAUUUCAUAGUCCACGAGCAUUGGAACGAAUUCGCCUUGAUCAACGACAUCGCUGUGAUCAAGCUCCCAGUCAAAGUUAACAUCAACGCGUCCAUUAAGACGGUCCGAUUGCCUUCCAUUGACUUAACCGAGGGCACGCUGGUUACUGCCACUGGAUGGGGCAAAAUUCGGGACUCCGCCACUGGCAUCUCUGACGUGCUCCAGGAAGUCGAAGUCCCCAUCAUGAACCAGGCUGACUGCAACACUUACUACGGCGUUGUGGAGGACGGCCAGAUCUGCAUCGAUAGUUCGGGGGGCAAAGGAACGUGCAACGGUGACUCUGGCGGUCCCCUUAAUAAAGAUGGUAAGGUCCACGGCAUCACCUCCUACGGUUCUUCGGAAGGGUGCGAAGCAGGUCACCCUGACGUGUUCACCCGCGUGCAUCGCUACCUGCAGUGGAUCGAGCACCACACUGGGGUCAAACCCUAAGCGGCAGAAAAAGCUGUCUAGGGAGGAGUGUCAGCAGGGCUUGAUUCAUUAUAGAUGUUGUCUUCGGUUUAUUCAUGUUGUUGGUGAUCGCUGUUCUCUUCAGUCUUUAGCUUGAUCUAAUUAUUUCAUGUGUGUGUAUAAGACGUCUGUAAGGAGUUAUAAUUCUUGAAAUGUAAUAACUGAAAUAUAAUAAAUAAUACCGAAACAUAA